AGCAAUUUCAGAACUGAAGUGUCAUAGUCAUAAGUCUACUGGACUCUGCACUUUGCUACAUAAGGAAGAUAGAAAAUCCUCGUUACCUGAGACAGAAGCCUCUCCCAGUUUCUCUGAUGACUUCCAAGUUCAGCCUGAGGAAGUCUAACAGUCUCCACGAUGAUCAUUUUCUCUCUCGAAUGCAUGAGAAAGAGCUGGACAUGAAAACAAAAAUGAUGGAAGCAAAAUUUCAUGAAGAAAAGCUUAAGUUACAACAGAAACAUGAUGCUGAUGUCCAGAAGUUCAGACUCUUAUACGUGACUGUCAAGUUAUCAGGGAGACUAAAGAAAACCAGAUUACAGAGCUCAAAAAGAUAUGUGAACAAAGUGCAGAAUCUCUGAAUAAUGAUUGGGAAAAAAAGCUCCACAAUGCAGUAGCAGAAAUGGAAAAGGAAAAAUUUGAUCUUCAAAAGCGACACACUGAGAACAUUCAAGAAUUGCUUGAGGACACAAAUGCACGUCUGAAUAAAAUGGAGGGGGAAUACAUGGCACAAACACAGUCUACAAUUGGACUAUGGAAAUGGGAAGUGAAGAAGAAAAAUGGGAGAAGCUGGAUGCAGAGUUUGAUCACUUUGUGGUAGAUAUGAAGCCCUUCGUUCUAAAAUUACCCCAUAGGUCAGAACGGCAGAGGUGUGCUCUUUGGAUUAGAAAGCUGUGUGAACCUUCAGGAACAGGUGCAGGAGUCAUGGGCAGGAAGAAUCGGAACCUCUACGCCAAACUGUUACUGCAUAUGCUUAAGCGGGGAGUACUGGAAGGUCCUUUUACACACCGCCCUGAACCAGGGACUCUAAAAACAUUACCAUCAUACAUGUCCAUCUAUUUUGAUGAACCAAAUCCAGCACGAGGAAAAGGUUCAAGCCCAGAGAAGUUACCUGACUGGGUAAUGGGUGAACUGGGGACAAGUGAACACAGAUUAAGUGAAUCAUGGAAUAUUUCUUCUGGAGAAGAUAACACUUUGGUGAUGUUGCCCACUGAGGCCCACAGACCUGAGAUAUUAUGGUGGAAAAGAACAGAUGAACACAAAGCAAGAGAUCCAGUCCAUGAAAUUAUUUUAUUAGAAAGGGGAAACAAAUUAACAUGGAGAGACAAUGAAGGAUGA